CGCUGCGGAGGGGCGGGGCUUGACGGCCGCAGACUGACUGCGGCACUGUUCCAGUCGCCGUCGCGUCGUGCAGGUGCCGCCCAGCCCGGCCCCUCCGCAGAUCGCCGCAGCCGGCGCCUCCGACCGAGCCCCGGGGCCUCGCACGCCGAGCCCAGGCCGCGGGCCACAGCGGCCGGCGAUGAGCGCGAGGAGCCGAAAUGAGCGCAGACAGCAGCCCGCUCAUGGGCAGCACGCCCCCCAACUAUGGGACCCUGAUGACAGGGACAUCAAUCGAUCCCCUCAGCUCCUCAGUUUCAUCCGUGAGGCUCAGCGGCUACUGUGGCAGUCCAUGGAGGGCCAUCGGCUAUCACGCCGCGGUCUGGAUGCUGGCCGGGAUCCCUUGGCUGCUAUUCCGCUGGAAGCCCUUGUGGGGCGUGCGCCUGCGCCUGAGGCCAUGCAGCCUGGCCCACGCCGAAACACUCGUUAUAGAAAUAAAAGACAAAGAGGGUAGCUCCAGACAGCUCUUCACAGUCCAGGUGCAGACUGAGGCUGUCGCCGAGGGCAGCCUGCAGCUGCCCCUACAGGCCCAGGCAGAGGAUGGGCGGAGCCAGGCGGCCGUGGGAGUGAUUCCAGAGGGCACAUGGCAGGACACCACCCAGCUCCACAGGCAGGAAGAGGCAGUGAGUGGCCAGCGGGGCUCUAGACCUGGCCUCACCCGUCUCUGGGCAUCCAGGUCCCACUCUCUGUGGGAGGACUGGGCUCACAAUUCCAUGUCCCUCUGGCUCUCUGAGGUCCCAGAGGUCUGUGGUCCUGACUUUCAAGCUUCUCUUUCCUGUGAUGCUGUCCCUGUCCUUGUCCCCUCCCCACCUUGUGCAUGUGGCUACUCCUCAACGCCAGGCCACCUCCCACCUGCCUGUCCUCUCCCCCAGAAGCAGGUACUGCGCUAUUAUGUCCUCCAAGGCCAGCGCUACAUCUGGAUGGAAACCCAGCAAGCCUUCUGCCAAGUCAGCCUGCUGGACCACGGUCGCACUUGUGGUGACAUCCACUGCUCGAGCUCUGGCCUCAGCCUCCAGGACCAAGCUGUGAGGAAGACCAUUUACGGCCCCAACGUGAUUGGUGUUCCUGUCAAGUCCUACCUGCAACUACUGGUGGAUGAGGCACUGAACCCCUACUACGGGUUCCAAGCCUUCAGCAUUGCACUGUGGCUGGCUGACCACUACUACUGGUAUGCUGUCUGCAUCUUCCUCAUCUCAGCCAUCUCCAUCUGCCUGGCUCUGUACAAGACCAGAAAGCAAAGCUUGACUCUGAGGGACAUGGUCAAGCUGUCUGUGCGGGUGCAGGUGUGCCGACCCGGAGGAGAGGAAGAGUGGGUGGACUCCAGUGAGCUGGUGCCCGGAGACUGCCUGGUGCUGCCUCAGGAGGGCGGGGUGAUGCCGUGUGACGCUGCUCUGGUGGCCGGGGAGUGUGUGGUCAACGAGAGCUCCCUGACAGGAGAAAGCAUCCCAGUGCUGAAGACAGCCCUGCCCGAGGGGCCCAAGCCCUACUGCCCAGAGACCCACCGGCGGCACACUCUCUUCUGUGGCACCCUCGUUCUGCAAGCUCGGGCCUACCUGGGACCCCGUGUCCUAGCAGUGGUGACUCGGACAGGGUUCUGCACAGCCAAAGGGGGCCUGGUGAGCUCCAUCCUGCACCCAAGGCCCAUCAGCUUCAAGUUCUACAAACACAGCAUGAAGUUUGUGGCCGCGCUCUCUGUCCUGGCUCUGCUCGGCACCAUCUACAGCAUCAUCAUUCUGUACCGCAACCGGGUGCCUGUGAGGGAGAUGGUGAUCCGAGCUCUGGACCUGGUGACCGUGGUGGUACCACCCGCCCUGCCGGCCGCCAUGACCGUGUGCACGCUCUAUGCCCAGAGUCGGCUGCGCACACAGGGCAUCUUCUGCAUCCACCCACUGCGGAUCAACUUGGGGGGCAAGCUGCGGCUGGUGUGCUUCGACAAGACAGGCACCCUCACGGAGGAUGGCUUGGACGUAAUGGGGGUGGUGCCCCUAAAGGGGCAGAUGUUGCUGCCACUGGUUCCAGAGCCCCGCCACCUGCCCUUGGGGCCCCUCCUCCGAGCACUGGCCACCUGUCACGCCCUCAGCCAGCUACAUGACACCCCGGUGGGUGACCCCAUGGAUCUCAAGAUGGUGGAGUCUACAGGCUGGGUCUUAGAGGAGGGUCCAGCUGCGGGCUCAGCACCUGGGAGCCAGGUCCUGGUGGUAAUGAGACCCCCACCCAGGGGGCCUCAGCAACAGGAAGAGUCACCAGAGCCAGUCAGUGUCCUCUGCCGCUUCCCCUUCUCCUCUGCCCUACAGCGUAUGGACGUGGUAGUGACAUGGCCAGGGGCCACCCAGCCUGAGGCCUACGUCAAAGGCUCCCCAGAGCUUGUGGCCAGCCUCUGCAGCCCUGAGACAGUUCCUAGCGACUUUUCUCAGGUGCUGCAGAGCUACACAGCUGCUGGCUACCGAGUUGUGGCCCUGGCCGGCAAGUCACUGCCCAUUGCACCCAGCCUGGAGGCUGCUCGGCAGCUGACAAGGGACACUGUGGAGCAGGACCUGAGCCUCCUGGGGUUGUUAGUCAUGCGGAACCUGCUGAAGCCACAGACGGCCCCAGUUAUACAGACUCUGAGGAAGACAGGCAUCCGUACCAUUAUGGUGACAGGGGACAACCUGCAGACAGCAGUCACUGUGGCCAGAGCUUGUGGCAUGGUAGGCAUCCAGGAGCACCUGGCUAUCAUCCAUGCCACCCACCCCGAGCAGGGCCAGCCUCCUGCCCUCGAGUUCCUGCCAACAGAAUCCUCUGCAGUCAUGAACGGGGCAAAGGCUACAGGCUACCCCAUGGAGCUGGGACCCCAGUCCUGCCACCUGGCCCUCAGCGGGUCCACGUUUGCUGUCCUUCAGAAGCACUUCCCCAAGCUGCUGCCCAAGGUCCUGGUGCAGGCCACUGUCUUUGCUCGCAUGGCCCCGGAGCAGAAGACAGAGCUAGUGUGUGAACUGCAGAGGCUUCAGUACUGUGUGGGCAUGUGCGGGGAUGGAGCCAAUGACUGUGGGGCCCUAAAGGCGGCUGACGUGGGCAUCUCACUGUCCCAGGCAGAGGCCUCAGUGGUCUCUCCGUUCACCUCCAGCAUGGCCAGUAUUGAAUGUGUGCCCACUGUCAUCAGGGAAGGCCGCUGCUCUCUGGACACUUCAUUCAGCGUCUUCAAGUACAUGGCCCUAUACAGCCUGACCCAGUUCAUCUCUGUGCUCAUUCUCUACACGAUCAACACCAACCUGGGAGACCUACAGUUCUUGGCCAUCGACCUGGUCAUCACCACCACGGUCGCUGUGCUCAUGAGCCGCACCGGCCCUGCACUGACGCUGGUGCGAGCACGGCCGCCAGGGGCGCUGCUGAGCGUGCCUGUACUUGGCAGUCUGCUGCUGCAGGUGGCCUUGGUGGCCAGCAUCCAGCUGGGGGGCUACUUCUUGGUCAUAGCUCAGCCCUGGUUUGUGCCUCUGAACAGAACUGUGCCCGCACCGGACAACCUGCCCAACUACGAGAACACGGUGGUCUUCUCUCUGUCUGGCUUCCAGUACCUCAUCCUGGCCGCAGCGGUGUCUAAGGGGGCACCCUUCCGCCAGCCGCUCUACACCAACGUGCCCUUCCUGGUGGCCCUGGCGCUCUUGGGCUCUGUCCUGGUGGGCCUCAUCCUGGUCCCCGGCCUCCUGCAGGGGCCACUAGGACUGAGGAACAUUGCGGACAGCUCCUUCAAGUUGACGCUGCUGGGUCUGGUCGCCUUCAACUUUGUGGGCGCCUUCAUGCUGGAGAGCGUGCUGGACCAGUGUCUCCCAGCCUGCCUGCGGUGGCUGCGGCCUAAAAGGGCCUCCAAGAAGCAAUUCAAGCGGCUGCAACGGGAGCUUGCUGAACAUCCGUGGCCUACUCUACCCGUUGGCUCCGUGAGGUAGCAGCCUUGGAGGGCGUACUGGACACUGGAUCUCCCUGCCCCUGAGCCACGACUGGAGCUAUCUCUAGAAAACAGUACCAGUCACCUCCCACAGCCCUGAAGCUGGUUGCUGUCACACUCCUUUCCAGACACACUCGCCUGGGGAAGUGCUGAUUGCUGUCUAACUUUAGACCAUCCUGUGUAGACAGAGCAGCUACCGACUCCAUCCAGAGCUGCGGUCACUGUAGCAAAUAAAAUGCCGGUUUUCCUGUC